AUGAAGUUUGAGAUGCUCAAGCACAAUGCUGAGAUCUAUGAAUUUGUCGAAGAGAUGAACAUACGGGAAUAUGAUGUGAUUAUCAUAUCGCGGCCUUGGGGCAGGCCUGGUGCUUUUAGAAACAAACAAAGUCUCAAUUCGUUGUUCCCUGGAUUGAAGAAUCUCUUCUGUGAAUGCGUGGAAAAGUGCACAAAUGUGAUACUUCACGUCCCAAGACAAAUGGAACCGGAAAAUAUCACAAGAGAAUUCAAUUUUCCGAUCGAAGUUGUUACUUAUGCACUCGGGGAAUAA